AUGAAGCCCCUCCAACUGCUAGUGCUCUUUGCUGUAGCACUUGGAGCCUCAGCGCAAGAGAGCCCUUCUAACAGCUCAGUUGUACCCAGUCUUCCGUCCUCACAAAGCACACUACCGUCGUCGACCCCAUCAUCCAUUAGCUCGACCCCUGCUCCUUCGAGCCCUUCUUCAACCCCACCACCAUCCACAACUGUCAGUCUUAUCCCCUCACAGACAGUAUCGACAGCCCCAGAUGGCGGAGUUGCAACAGUAAACGUUACAUUGACCAGCACUCUACCUCUUUCGAGCUCCCCCAGCCAGACCCCGGCCGACAACAACAAGAAAGACGACGACGACUCGCCCGGAUUGAGCACUGGUGGUAUUGCGGGUCUGGCAGCCGCUGGGGGUGUUGCGGUCCUUUGUCUGGCGGGCUUCUUAAUUUGGAAGUUGACACGGAAAAAGGGUGGCGAAUUCGACGACAACGAGGCCAUUAAAUGGCCCGAGCUCAACGCCCAUGGCGAGGGAGGGGACACUCAUGCAAUGCCUGUUCACAAUACGGGUCGGUCUGGCUUCGACACCGCUGGAGACCUUUCUCGAGUGCCCUCCGCCGCGAAUACGUACAACGCUUCGUCAACCGACUUCCAUAGCUCCAAUGAAGACCCAUAUGCGGUUCCCCCACUUCCACAUAUGAACCCCGGCCAACCUUAUCGCGAUGACCCCAAUGCGAUGAACACAGCCAGCUAUUACGACCCCUACCACGGACCUGUCCCACAAACCUUCAACGAGGCAAAUGGACCCCCUCCACAGGAAUGGGGUGGAAAUGAGGCUAUCCCGAUGACCCAAAUGGCUGGAAGAGCGAGCCCUGGUCCUCAAAUGGCUUACGCUGGCGCUGGAAGGACACCUUCCCCUGGCCCGCAAAUGGCGUACGGGCGUUCUGCUUCCCCCGGGCCCCAGCAACUUUAUGGACGAGGCUCUCCCGCGCCCGGCCAAAUGUAUGGGGGACGUGCUUCUCCAGGCCCACAAGCAGCCUAUGCUGGUGCUGGCCGAACUCCAUCUCCCGGUCCGCAUCAGGCGUAUGGUGGAGGGGGUUACGGUGGCAUGUAG